AUGUCAUCUGACGAGGAGAUGGACGAAGGAGCAGAUUGCAUUGCAUCAGGCUUCGCAAAUUCGAUAGAUUUGGCGAGUUUGAAGCAGGGAGCAGAGGCGAAAUUGACAGAAUGUGUAUAUUUGGGGAGGAAUGCGAUUGUUAAGGAGAGGUUGGUUGGUUUUUGAAGAAUGGUUUACGGGUUUAGUCUAAAUAUCACGGAGUUUCAUUCAGAUUUCAAAAAUCCUAUCGUCACCCAAUUCUGGAUAGCCGAUUAAACAAGGCGAGAACAAAAGCCGAAUUACGAGGAAUUAUGAAGGCUAAAGAUCUCGGAAUUCAAACACCCGCCAUUUUCUUCAUAGACGGUGAGAAAAAUUCAAUAAUUAUGGAGAGAAUCGAUGGACCGACGGCAAAACUAUGGAUCGAGACAAAACGCAGUGAAUUUUCUGCUGAAGCUGAUAAUAACAGAUUUCAAGAAAUAAUUCGUGGUUUUGGUGUUUUGUUGGGUGAACAGAUUGGAAAAUUGCAUUUGGGUGGAUUGGUGCACGGCGAUUUGACGACAUCGAAUAUUUUGUUGAGGAAUUCUGAUGAGAAUUUGCUGGUUUUUAUUGAUUUUGGAUUGUCGGGACAGGGAAAGGUUGGAUUUUUUUAAAGUUAUGAUGUGGCGAUUUUGAAAAAAAGAUUUUAAAUUUAAUUUUUCAAGUUGUUUUUGGCUGGAAAAACGGGAUUUUUCAGAAUUCAAAUUUUUUAAAAAUUUUCCAAAAAAAAAAUAUUAGAAAUUCAAUUUUUUGCAAAGCAUAUUUUUACCAAAAAUCUCCCAAUUUCCAGGUAACACCGGAAGAAAAAGGUGUAGAUCUCUACGUUUUGGAAAGAGCCAUCGCCAGCACCCAUAUAAACAGUGAACAAAUUAUGAUUGGAGUUCUCGAAGGAUAUUCAAAAGCAUCUCAAAAACAAAGUUUAGCUGUUGGUAAAAAGUUGGACGAAAUUCGACUACGCGGAAGAAAACGGGAUAUGAUUGGCUGA